AUGGAACUCCUCAUGAAGGGUCUCGUCCUGUACCUCUCGCUCUCGUCCUCGCUCUCGCCUGCCACAGCGGGGGCGGCGGAGGAACAGGUUGCGCCGUCUGUGGGGACGAUCAAGCGCCUGACGAAGCAGGACAUCCUGGCGAGCAUCCCGCCGGGGGAGGAGCCGGGCGAGCGGCCGUUCAUCACCUCGCUGGCGGGGAAGUACUCGGCGUACCUCGUCCGCAGCGCCACCGCGCCCGGCGCCGGCGGCUUCGGCAACGACUUCUGCUACGUGCAGGUGAGGGGCGGCGGCAACGGCGGCACGGGGCAGAGCGUGUGGGAGUCGCCCUGCGCGCCGGCCAGCGUGGAGAACACCUGCAGCCUGGUGUUCACCGCCGCGGGCCUGGAGGUGUUCGACGGGAGCCGCUCGGCGUGGGACACGGGGGUGGAGGAGCGGCACCUGGAGACGCUGGAGCUGGUGGAUGAGGGGGACAUGAGGAUCAGGACCGCCGGCGGCGACUUGGCGUGGAAGGCCGCCGACUAUCCACUAGCCAACCAGCAGUGCGGCGCGCCGGGCUCGCCGGGUCUCGCCGCCGCACGGCCGCCGUUCGCCUCGCCGAUCGGGGACGGGGGGAACCUCCCCUUCGGCCAGCCGGCGGAGGGUGACCAGCCGCAGCAGCCCGGCGCCGGCGCCGGCGCCGGCGCUGGCGGGCAGGAGCCUCUGGUAGACAACAGCCCCUUUGACAGCGCGAGCUUGAGGGCGGCCAUGGGGUCCUCCUGCUCCUCCGUGGUUGUGGUUCUGGCCCUGGUUCUCGUCCUCUUCUGA